GCGCCUCGCCCAGCCGCUCGUUCCCCAGGUCCGGCCAGGCCGAGGCGCAGCUGUCCGAGCUGUGGAUCUGAGAAGCGGCUCCCGGGCGGAAGACCAUGUUGGACUUCGCGAUCUUCGCCAUUACUUUCUUGCUGGCGUUGGUGGCAGCAGUGCUCUACCUCUACCCGGCUUCCAGACAAGCUGCGGGAAUUCCGGGGAUUACUCCAACUGAAGAAAAAGAUGGUAAUCUUCCAGAUAUUGUGAACAGUGGAAGUCUGCAUGAGUUCCUGGUUAAUUUGCAUGAGAGACAUGGGCCUGUAGUCUCCUUCUGGUUUGGCAGGCGCCUUGUGGUUAGUUUGGGCACUGUUGAUGUCCUGAAGCAGCAUAUCAACCCCAAUCAGACCUCGGACCCUUUUGAAACAAUGCUCAAGUCGUUAUUAAGGUAUCAAUCUGUUGGUGGGAAUGUGAGUGAAAACUUCACAAGAAAAAAACUGUAUGAAAAUGGUGUGACUAAUUCUCUGAAGAGUAACUUUGCUCUCCUGUUAAAGCUUUCAGAAGAAUUAUUAGAUAAAUGGCUCUCCUACCCAGAGUCCCAGCACGUACCCCUUUGCCAGCACAUGCUUGGCUUUGCUGUGAAGUCUGUUACCCAGAUGGUGAUGGGUAGUACGUUUGAAGAUGACCAGGAAGUCAUUCGCUUCCAGAAGAAUCACAGCAUAGUUUGGUCUGAGAUUGGAAAAGGCUUUCUAGAUGGAUCACUUGAUAAAAGUACAACUCGGAAGAAACAAUAUGAAGAUGCCCUUAUGCAACUGGAAUCUAUGUUGAAGAAAAUCAUAAAAGAACGAAAAGGAAGGAACUUCAGUCAAUAUAUUUUCAUUGACUCCUUAGUACAGGGGAACCUUAAUGACCAACAGAUCCUAGAAGACAGCAUGAUAUUUUCUCUGGCCAGUUGCAUAAUAACUGCAAAAUUGUGCACCUGGGCAAUCUGUUUUUUAACCACCUCUGAAGAAGUGCAGAAAAAACUAUAUGAAGAGAUAGACCAAGUUUUGGGAAAGGGUCCUGUUACCCCAGAGAAAAUUGAGCAGCUCAGAUAUUGUCGGCAGGUGCUUUGUGAAACUGUUCGAACUGCCAAACUGACUCCAGUUUCUGCCCGGCUUCAAGUAAUUGAAGGAAAGAUUGACAAAUUUAUUAUUCCUAGAGAGACCCUUGUUCUUUAUGCUCUUGGAGUGGUACUUCAGGACCCCAGUACUUGGCCAUCACCAUACAAGUUUGAUCCAGACCGAUUUGAUGAUGAAUCGAUAAGGAAAACUUUCUCCUUGCUUGGAUUCUCGGGCACACAGGAAUGCCCAGAGCUGAGGUUUGCAUAUAUGGUGAGCACAGUUCUGCUGAGUGUGUUGGUGAGGAGACUGCGCCUACUUCCUGUGGAGGGACAAGCCAUUGAAACUAAGUAUGAACUGGUAACAUCCGCCAAGGAAGAAGCGUGGGUCACUGUCUCAAAGAGACAUUAAAAUGUUCUACGUUUACCUUUGUUGAGGAAAAUGGCCAUUUAGAAAAUCUGUAUUGAAUCCUUUUAUAAACCUAACUGUGUAAUGUAAACACAUACUAGUACUUUAUUAAGUAAAUUUGGACUUUUGUAUAUUAGAUUUUCUUAAUGCAUGAUGUACAUUUGUCUUAUCUCUUUCUAUGCCAUUCUUUGCAUAUACUUUAGUUAGUUUAUCUCUAAAAUUAAUAUUCUUGAAAAGAACUUAUUUUGUAGAAUUUGGAGAAUAUGUUUUUCUGAAUAUUCAUAAAAGAGAAACAAAAGCCUAUUCAUUUUCAUACUUCCAAUAAAUCACCUUAAAGGGAGAGGAAAGGAUUUUUCAGAAUUUUGUUUCUUGGAUUAGUAUUUUUAUUUUCUGAGUAUAAACUAAUUUGUGUUUAGUCAUUGCUAUUGGGUUUCAUAAUUCAAUGGGUAGCCUGUCUUGUAUUUGCUAUUUCUAUGCCUCUUCAGACAAUAGUGUUCAUUUCAUGAAUUAUACAAGUCUCAUCAUGUUGAAAUGUUCUGAUCAUUUGGAGAAUAACACAGUUGGUCUUUAAUGCCGAAGUGAGAAAAUAAAAUUGAGUCUGGUUGGUC